AUGAUUUCGAUCAAGCCCUGUCCAACACUCUCUCCAACGUUUCGCGAGAACUUCAAGUUGAUCCAGUUCUAUGUGAGUGCCGGAUUGGGUACAGAGCCCAGUUCCACAAAGCUGCAAAGCCUGUGCAGCUUGGAUUGGCUGGUGAUGGCACUGAUGGAGUGCAAGGCUGGUUAUUUUGUUGAUCUUGCAUCGGCCGAGGCGGUGGCUGGUUCGAACACAUGGUUUCUAGAACAGUUUGCUUGGGACGGUGUUUGCAUCGAGGUUAACCAGCGCCUUAUUUUCGGAUACAGGCACCGGAACUGCAGUUCAUAUUUGGCAGCAGCAGGCAGCCCAACGGAUAGAACGUCAAGGUUCACCUUCAACAAUUCUGUCGUGAUCCCCGGCAGGGAGAAGAGAGCUCUGAAGGACAGGCAGCUGGAAAUGUUGCCGCUGGCAUCGUUGUCAGACAUUCUUGCCCAUGCCGGUGCCCCCAACGUGAUUGACUACAUGUCCCUAGAUGUGAAUGGUGCAGAAUCCAACGUCGUGCGUAUCCGCAGACUUGUCUGCUAUUGCUUUAAUGCCUCGAAAACUUCAUGA